CCAUAACCCAUUAUGAAGAUCGCAACAUGUCACUAUGGAAAUCCACUUUUUCCACACAAAAGGAAAUAUUCCGUUUAAAAGUAUAAAGCUGCUUGCAAACAGUAACAAAACAAACAGAAAUGGCACCACCAUAAAAAAAAAAAGGUAAAAUGGCAUGUUAAUUUCUUAAGAAUUCGAACGAAGUAGGAAGCACCCACUCGAAAACCAAUAAAGUUGUGUCGCCUUUUCAAAUCAUCGGCUGUUUGCACGCCCGGAAGACAAUGAGUCACCCACGGAUCACCCUAAUCAACAUUCACAUACAAUAGCUAUAUUAAUACCAGUGGCAUAUGCGCUGCUUUAUGAUCAAAACUGAGCACUUUCGCUUAAAACCCGGAAUUCCAAUUACCGUGGGAUUCGGUACCCUCCGGAUCAAACUUGUUGCGAGCCAUGCGAUGCUCAUCUCUUCCGUCGUCCGGGGCCUUCUUGUUUACGCACUUUUGUAAUGCAUCGCAAUUCAUACUUAUUCACUGCCAUUGCUUUAGAAAGAGAAAGCUGGCAUCGGAGGAUGUCUGGAAUUGCUAUUGUCUUGGAUCAGCAUAUUUCCAUGAACCAUAAUUGGGAUAAUGCGGGAUUUUACGAGACCGAAGAUCAAAAUAAGCAAUAACCCGGAACUCGUCAGGAUCAACAUAUUUCCUUCGAACGACAAUCCAUAUAGAAAUGCCUAGUCCAUUAAAUGGUUUUGCGAAUGACGCUGAAUCUAUAAUUCACUUCAUAUUGGCACCGUAUGAUAUA